AUGGCUUUCCACGUGGAGGGACUGAUAGCUAUCAUUGUGUUCUACUUGGCCAUCCUGCUUGUUGGAAUAUGGGCUGCUUGGAAAACCAAAAGCAGUGGAAGUGAUGGAGAUCGCAAGGAGGCUAUUAUAGUUGGUGGAAGAGAUAUUGGUUUGCUGGUUGGUGGAUUUACCAUGACGGCCACCUGGGUUGGAGGCGGUUACAUCAAUGGGACUGCUGAAGCCGUGUAUGUGCCCGGCUUUGGGUUGGCUUGGGCACAGGCACCCAUUGGAUAUGCACUUAGCCUUGUUGUAGGUGGCUUGUUUUUCGCCAAGCCCAUGCGUUCCAAAGGCUACGUGACGAUGUUGGACCCCUUUCAGCAAAUUUAUGGGAAACGGAUGGGAGGGCUUAUUUUCAUACCUGCCCUGCUGGGAGAAAUGUUCUGGGCUGCAGCCAUCUUCUCUGCAUUAGGUGCCACCAUAAGUGUGAUCAUCAAGGUCAAUAUAUACAGUUCAGUCAUCAUUUCUGCCCUCAUCGCAACUCUUUACACACUAGUGGGUGGCCUUUACUCAGUAGCCUAUACUGAUGUGGUCCAGCUAUUCUGCAUUUUCCUAGGACUGUGGAUCAGUGUUCCAUUUGCCAUGUCCCAUCCUGCAGUAAGAGAUAUUGGGUACACAGCUGUACAUCACGUGUUCCAAGAACCUUGGCUUGGAUCCAUUAAAACACUGGACGUCUACACCUGGCUUGAUAAUUUCCUCUUACUGAUGUUGGGAGGAAUCCCAUGGCAAGCCUAUUUCCAGCGAGUCCUCUCCUCUUCAUCAGCGACGUAUGCUCAAGUGCUCUCCUUUCUGGCAGCUUUUGGAUGUCUUAUAAUGGCAUUACCUGCAAUAUUGAUUGGUGCAAUAGGAGCAUCAACAGACUGGAACCAAACGGACUAUGAUGGCAUAGACCCCAAGACAGACGAUCAAGCUGACAUGAUUUUACCAAUUGUCCUUCAGUACCUUUGCCCAGUCUAUAUCUCCUUGUUUGGCCUUGGGGCAGUGUCUGCUGCUGUCAUGUCCUCUGCUGACUCUUCCAUCUUAUCAGCGAGCUCCAUGUUUGCACGGAAUAUUUACCAGCUCUCAUUUCGGCAAAGUGCAUCAGACAAAGAAAUAGUUUGGGUCAUGCGAAUAACCAUUCUCCUGUUCGGAGCAUCUGCAACAGCAAUGGCCCUCCUAACUAAGUCGGUUUAUGGACUUUGGUACCUCAGCUCUGACCUCGUCUACAUCAUCAUCUUCCCGCAGCUCCUGUGCGUGCUUUUUAUCAAAGGAACUAACACCUAUGGUGCCAUUGUGGGAUAUCUGUUUGGCCUUUUACUCCGAAUUACCGGAGGAGAAUCGUACCUGCACUUGAAACCCUUGAUUUUCUAUCCUGGCUGGUACAAAGACAAUGACAUAUACAUCCAGAGAUUCCCUUUUAAGACGUUGGCCAUGCUUACCUCCUUCUUCACUAACGUUGGAGUAUCCUAUCUCGCAAAAUACUUGUUCGAAAGUGGCACUUUGCCUCCCAAACUAGACAUCCUUGAUGCUGUUGUUGCAAGGCAUAGCAAGGAGAACAUGGACAAGGCUACACUUGUGAAAAGUGACAACAUUGUUCUAAACGAGCUAGCACCUGUAAAGCCUCGACACAGUUUGACAUUGAGCUCGACCUUCACAAAUAAAGAGGCCUUCAGCGACAUUGAUUCAAGCCCAGAUGUAUCCAUUAUGGAAGACAAUUGA